GUUGUUUUGUCCCAUGUGACUUUACAUCAAACAAAGAAGUUCAAAUACAGCCAGUUUUUGUUAUGGAAACUUGACGCGUUCGUGUGUUCCCGUAGCGAAUUCAACGUGGACAUUGUGUUUUAAAAAGCUUUUCAAACUCGCCUCUGUUGUUAACAACGUAUGUGACAGAUGUAAUAAGAAUUGAUGUGUAUCGUUUGACUUGUUGUAACUGCAAAUAGCGUCUCCUUUUUGAAACUGGCGGUUAUAACCGCACUGACUAUCCACUACAAGGAAUUUCAAGGAUUUGAAGUGCAAGCAAACAGUUGAAAGACGAAAGGAGAUUUGAUUUGAUGAUCAAUAUUCAAGGGCAUCGUUAAUAAUUUAUUUUUGUGUAUAAAAGAGGCAUGUGCGUCGGUCAAAAACGUGGCCUACCAUCGGAUCAAGAGAAUGAAGAUCAGAUUAAAUCAAGACAGCUUUGAGUUGAUUUUAGAAUUUAUGAUGAUAAGCCAAGAUGGAAGACAGCGAUGAUGGUAACAUAACAAUAUCCAGUAAGGCUAGCUCUGGGAAAUCGGAGCAGAUAAGGAGCCUAAAUGACCGUCUACUUCGAGAGUCGUUUACACGACGAGAGGCUGAUGAGCUAUAUGAGAAACUGCAGUCUGAGUACGACCUUCUGCUUGCUAAACAUGCCCAGGCAGAAAAUACGAUCGAUCAGUUGCGUAUCGCAGCGAGAGUCGAUCUCUUCUCUAAUGGCCCGAUACCUCACCAGGCAAUGCCAUUAGAAAUCGUUGAAUUUAAAUUGACACCACAACCAAUAUCAAUAUCAUCCCCGGAAAAAGCUGUAAUUAACUGGCCUCAUCAAACGGCUGAAAUUGGAGUCGGUGUCCAAGAUGGUGUCCCUCAAUCGCCUAACUCUGAAGGUAAAUUCAAUUCAAAUUUUAUUCACCGACUAAAAGAUCUUCAAAACGACAUAGCAGCUUUUCAAAGUGCACUUGCUGAUCGCGAACUUUCAUUUGAAGACCAGAAAAAUUUGUUUAAUGCCCUGAAGGACAAACAUGAUCGUCUGAAGGAACAACUUACAAUAGCUAAAGAACAGCCUGGAGAAUCUCAAGGAACCUCAACACAAGAUAGGUCUCCAAGCCAUUUUGUUGAUCCAAAUAGUUUAGAAGGAGAGCUUUACAGACUUGAACUCAGACUUGCAGAAGUAUGUGAUGAUAUUGGUGAUCAACUCUUUUCAAAUAAACAAAAUGAUGGUGCAUUAGAGCAGGCUUUAAGAGACGACUUUAACCGAAUGAGGCUGGGAUCUCAGGCCUCUGAUGUUGGCAGGCAGAGAACUUUGUCUGAUCAUAAUAAAACAACUCAAAAUGGAGGUCCAAUUAAUCAUAUCAGAUCAAGUUCUGACGUAAGUGAUAGAGGUCAUGGAGGUGGUGCAUCCUAUGGGCCUGAAGAAUCACUGCAUCGAGUCAGGGAGAAGAAAGAGAUUCUGAGUCCGUCGAAUGAGGAUUUAGCCGAGUCCGGUUAUUAUGCUUCUGAAUCAAUGAUACGUGAAUCGCCGAAACGAGGUAGCGUAAAUAUGCCGUUACGCUACCUUACGAGGUCGCGAAGUCCUGAAGCGAAGGAUCCAGCCCAAACCUUGGUACGAAGGCACUGGUCACUCAGUGAGUUGGAUGCAAAUACGGAGUCGAUAGUCGAAGUGACUCUCCAUUCAUCGGAUACAGAUCGCGCUUCGUUUAGUGGCCAUGAAAAAGCCAGACCAGCCAACAAGUCUCGAUCAGAGCAGGGACAUGACAAUGGCACGGACAAGGAUGCACGCCAGUCUAGGAACAGCUCGCUAGCACCAGUACCAAAACAUGGUUCAGGGAGCAGGCAUUCCGUUGCAGGAAGCUCAAGCGCAGGACCUGCAGCCACUUCCAGUCCCCUCGAAGAGAAUCGCGCUGGAGAUUUAUCAUCACGUGGCAUGUUCAAUUUGAAAGAGUCGGCUGACGAAGUAGAUGCUAGUCGCAGUAGGCCAAGAAAGUCACGAAAUGACCGGGCGACACGUGCUAGUUUGUCUGAUCGAAGCCUACACGAGAAUAAGAGUGACGGAAGACUGUCCAGCAUAAAGUCCGGAAGUCGGUUGUCGAAGACAAGACCGAGGCAGUGUAAUUAUUCUUCUAGUGAAGAAUCGUAUCCAGCUAAUCGGCCUGACAGAAUGAACAGUAGUGUGUACUCGGAACAAGAUAAAGUUCCUAGCUUGAUAAAUUCCCCCAAAAGUAAAUUUAAUGGGACAAGGCAUCGCCCCAAUACAGCUGAAAGCAACCUAGAUAGCGGAUUUGUGGGCUCUGAAGGUACACUAAAGUCACAAGAAUUUUCAAACGGUGGACGAAAGAAGCUCAUUCGGCCACCGCGCAGUAAGUCAGAAAGGGAGGACGAGAUUCCACGACAACAAAAACAACUUUACUCUCCAAACUCAGAACAAAGCGUGUUAUCAAAUGAGCCAGUUUCACCUAUGAGAGAGCCUGCUGGACAGCGUAGGCUAUCAAAGUCAUUGCGAAGGGACAGUUUAUUAGAUACAGUGUCGGAAGUUACCCAGGAGUCCAGACAGCAACCAGAUAGUAGCUUUGGUUCUAGGAAAGCCAGUGAUCGCCGAGGGUUAGGCAGUGAAGAGAAGUUAUCUAACAUUGCAAGAACACCUUCGGGUAGACUUAGGGAAAAGUCACGAAACAAGGGUACUUUUGAUGACGUCAUUAGUCUCCAGACUUCCCCGGAAACACAAACUGAUGCAAGUUUUAUACGUUUGCCUAUCACUGUAGAAAGAUCCCCUUUUCUACCGGAAUCAAUGACACGUGAAAACGACGAUGAUGGAAGUCUUUUAAACGCAGCUAAUGAAAUAUCGCGCAGAAGUUCAAACCGUUCGAACACAGGCGGUGCUCAAAGUGGUCAGAAAAAGGCGUCAUAUGAUGGCUUCUCUUUUGCUGAUCCUUCUGAGAAGCCAAGAUGGCCCACAAGAGAAAGAAUGGAUCAAAGUGUGACUGGCUCAAAAUACAGUUCAGCAAGUCGAAGGCAAAGUGAACAAACUGACCGACUUCGAGGCAAUUUGAACCUGCUUCGCGACCAGUUAGCUAAGUUGGAUCAGUACCGUUUUCACCCGGAUACUCGCAGACGCUCGACUGUUCGCGGAGACCGUCAAGGCCCUGUAGAGACUCCUCAUGAUAAGUCUUAUGACGACAUACGACAAAAGCUAGAUGAACUGAAUCAUCAACUUCGAAAUUCCCUUAAAAAUAUACAGCCCGGUGAUGGUUUGACACACACACCGCACUAUCAAGGUGACCGGGAUUACGAAGACCUCAAAGAAAAGAUCGAUAUCUUAACAGGAGAGUUGCAAAGAGCCAGGAAAAAACCUGCAGUUCGUGAACCUGAAAUACCUGUCGAGUUCCCUUCUCCUGUCAGACCACUCUCUCAGCCGACUCCAGCCCGAGAGUUGUAUGGUACUCGGGAGGCAUACCAAACGCCGACACGGGAGCCAUACCAAACGCCGAUCAGAGAAUCUCAGCCGUCAUUUACCGCUAAGACAAAUGCGCCGCACAUUCAAGAAACGAGUCCAACUGUAAUUCCAGUCUGUCCGAUUUGUUCCGGCGUUGGCUACCAUAAACAUGGGGAUUACGUUUUUCCUCGAGAUUUUCUCGAAUCAGGCCGGCCAGUGCAAAUUGUUCCAGAAGGACUGGCACAGAAUUCUGACUCGUAUUUGCCUCAGCGGUAUAUUACAUCGACGCCAAAUGGUAUCCCUGGAAGAUUAGAGACACCACGACUUCCACAACCAGUCACUGCCAGCAUGCAGCACCCAUCAGCUGUUGGUUAUCUAGUCGAUGCUCCUUCUCCUUACAGAUCCAUGCCUGACCUUGGCAGAGCCGGUUCCUCUCAGCUGUACCUAACCCCAAAUACAAUACACCACAUCCAUACCUUCCAUGGACAGAGAAGAUCUCGAGGCAAAUCUUCGUCCAGUGAUUCUCAAUCCGAUGAUGAAGCAGAAAGGCAAAACAGCAGGAGCAAAAGCAAGUCGAGAUUUCAAAAAAGUCGAAAUUCAAGCCGAAAUUCAAAAAGUCGACUUCUAGAUGAGUAUGACGACUGGCGCCUCGACGAUGCUCUGAACGAGGCAGGUAGAGCAGCAUGCAGUAUGCAACGAGUUUCCCGGCGAAUGCUGAAUAACCUGGCAACAGAUCUGAUCAGAUCAGGAUAUUCGGAGUAUUAGAUAAGUCAGUUGAUUGAAGCAUCUUGUAUUUGACCUCAUUGUAUAGUGUUGCGGCUAUUAUUUAUACGUUAAGUGAUAGGUUUUGAACAAAAUGUAAAGUGAAGCGCGUCCGCCUUUUUUAAUUGCCAGAAACGCUGAAAUGCCUACUCUCAAUUAGGGAAUUACGAAAAGAGGGGGAUACUGUUAAGAGGUUCUUCUCUAGCAUUUUCAGAUAAUAACAUCCUCAGUUAGGAUUCAUCAACCUGAUACAGUCUUAAGCAUUCUAAUUACAUUGCCAAGGACUCAAGUAUGCCCUACCCCAUACUAAUAUGCGAUUAUCUGCUUAUCAUUGACCCAUAUUCGGAAAAUUCAAACACUCAACAAUUGCUAGUCAUUUUUGGGGAGUCUUUAAAAUCAUCAAUUUUUUCUCAUAGGGCUGGGUUAGUUUUUUGGUACAUUUUGUUCUUAUUUUCAAAAGGUAAUUCAAGCUAACGGAAUGAUUAAACUUCUCUUUCGUCCUUUUAUUUGGUCAUUUCUCUUAGGCCCAUCAACCAAAUUUAAUUACUGCUCUACUUGUAUCUCUUUGUCAUAAAUAAAAUUUUGCUUUAAAUCCCAGUCACCUAUUUGCAGAAAAAUGUUUAAAGCAAUUUUAGAGAAUGUUAUCCAAUUUUGAAAGUCAGAAUUAAUUAGGUACUAUGAUAUUCGCCGGAGAAUAAUAAAGACUAGAAAUGAAAGAAUGAUGUGGUUUCUUUUCAUAUUGGAUAACAAUUUUAUGUGAUAACGAGGAGGUAAAUUUUUGUCUAGGUCAAAAAGAUUUCAGAAAUAAAAGAAAGGUUUUUGAAUGAGUGUUGGCCGAAUAGUCGACACGUGUUUGUUAUAUUGUCGUAUGUCUUAUGGAGUCAAAAACGAUAGAUGUUUUCUUCAAACAAUUUAGAUUGUAAAAUGAACUUUAUUGUGUUUUCAGUAGAUUGACUCACCGAGUUUUGUCUCAACAGAAUGAUUUAUUCUGAAUCCUGUUAAUCUAAGACGCUGCUGAGCUGAAAUUCUUUCAGUACGAACAAAUUAGAUGGUUUUGGACUAGGUGCAAAUACGUAAUCACUAUUAACAGUUUUGUCUGCCGAUGCUUUCCUUUUCAAUGUAUCUUCGUGUGCAUUCAAAUUUAAUCUGGCUUUGUACAGUGAUUCAAUAAUCUAAAUCUGCAUGUCCUUUCAUUCUAUCUGCGAUGCAAAAUCUUGAUAACCAAAAAAAUAAAACAUCCCAUCGUAAACGAUUCAUCUUUUUAAACCAAGUUUUUAUAAGAGAACAUUUAAAGCAUCAGCAUAAACUCUUUUCAAGAAGACAAUGCUGAAUCUUGCUUUAGCGUGUCUUUGUACCUUGAAAACUGGUCUUAAAAUCUACUCGCAUUAAGGUCAUUUUCUUUAACUUGAUGUUGUUAAAAGUGCCCUGUUUCACAAGAAGCCUCCGGUUUAUCCUGUGAGUUUUUGCGUUUACCAAUUAAGUUCUUUUUCUUGGUAUUUUUGUUGCGUUUUUUAGAAUUUGUAUUUACGUUUUGAUAUCAAUCUUUAUUUUUUAUGGUAGAUUUAGAUGUUUACAACGUUUUUCUUGUAUCAAACGAAGGACAACAAAGUUUAAACUUACAUACCCAGGCAUUCUAAGAAGUGCUCCACAUUCUACCUGCCCUCGUUAUACCGGCAACCCUUUAUUGGGCAUUUUUAAGCCAGCGUAGGAAAUCCUUGUGUAAAAAAAUGACAUGACGAUACUAGGAAAGUUUAUCCUCUCUGCACCCCCACAAGAUUCCUUAAAGUAAGUUAAUGCCACCAAACUCCUACCCGGGUUGCGAGCAACCCACAGAGUUAACUGGCUAGGGUAUGAAAGCACAGAAUACUUUAUGUCCAAACUUUCUUAUCUUAAGAUUAUGGUGCAGAAAAACAGGAAACUGGUUUUUCAAAUUUGUUCUUUGUAGCCUUGUAGGCUGAAAGCUGGACAUGUUUUUGCCAAUUAUCUUCUUUUAGGUUUUCGUAAUAUUUGUAAAGAGAAGUUUCUUUGAGUGUGCUAAUAGCAGCUAAGCCCUGACAAUUCACCAUCUUGAAGCGUUUAGACAUACAUUAUCCAUUGUCAAGUGCUACAGACUCUAUUUUAUCCCUAUAUCGUCUCGUUACAUUUUGAAGGCUGCAUCAUUUUCAUGCACCAACAAGUUGUAGAAUAAACCUUGGAAUGUGGGUUCUUGAGAAGGGAAUUCUCUGCAAGUGUGCUUAGAUGUCAUUUUAAUGCCGCAGACCAAAGUAUUUUCUCUAGAUCGUGUUACAUAUUUAUUGUGCUUUAGGUAAAGCCAUCAAAUAUUUGGGGAUAGAGUUUAGUAUAGGAAGCAUUUUAAAGGCUUUUUUAACUGUAUAUUAUCGUCAAUUGCCUAAAGUAAUAUAUAUUUUUCACAUUGA